AUGGGAGACAUUCUCCGCUCCAGCUUGGGGUCCCAGGCACCUUUUCUGCCAUCCUCACCCCUGUCGCUGCCAGCUCCUAGCUCCCAAGAUGUGAACGUCACCGCCCCAUCUAGUGGCUUAGAGCCAGCUUCUCCCCUAAUUCCCCCAGGCCCUGAAGGGCCUUUGCUGUUCUCCUUCUGUGGGGCCAGCAGCCGGCAAGGACCCACAUAAACACAGUGCAACAAGGCACACACCAGCAGCAGCGUGGUGGUGACAGUGGGGGCCACCGAGCCUCUGAAAGGCAUGCAGCUGUGGCAGGCUCCAGCCACCAGCGAGUACCUCGACUCUCUUUACGGAGCUGCGGGGGGCAAAGGCGCCAAGAACCGCCUGUGGCGGGCGCACGGCGUCUUCGUCUCCGCGGUCUUCUCCCUUGGUCGCGGGCAGCCGCUUCAUAUCCUAGUAGGGCAGCAGGGAGAGGACGCCUGUCCGGGAGGGAGCCCGGAGAGCCAACUCGUCUGCCUCGGAGAGUCUUGGACCGCUGCGGAGGACGCGGCGACGGAGGGGGCCGCAGGGGUCUCGGGGUCGCGGCGCUGGGCGGGAGCCGGCGGGGGUGGCGGGGACGCCACCUAUGUCUUUCCGGUACGUGCUUGCCUCCGCGCGCGCGCCGUCGAGCUGGAGCCGCGGCGGGUGGCGGCCGGAGGAGGCGGGCGCCUAAGGCGGCGGGACCGAGGCCGGCUUCAGGCCGCCCCUGAGGACGAGAACCGCUCAGCGGCGCCCGGGAGCAGGGGAGAGGCAGCGCCGGGCGGCGGGGAGAGGCGGGCGGGCGGCUGGGCGUCGCGGGCCCCCUCUCCGCGGGCGGGCCGCUCCCUGCGGGAGGGGGCGGAGGGCGGCCGGGGCUGCGCAGAGGCCUGGGCUACGCGCGGCUGGGCCGCAGCGGGCGGCUUCGGGGGCGGCGGCGGGGCCUGUACUGCCGGGGGAGGCGGAGCGGCCACCGGCGAAGGGGGUGAUGCCUUAGAGAAUGACAUCCUGUGAGUUGAUGGGGAAGAUGGGGUAUCUUUCAUACACCCUAGCGGUGAACCCUACCUGCAACCUCUGGCAGUCAUGGAGAGCCAUGGAGAAGUGGAGAUCCGACUGCACCUCAACUGUAGUCAUUGCCUUUUGAAAGACUGCCAAUGUCAGGCAGAGCUCUGGUUAGCCAAAUGCCCAGAGGGCAUGGAGCUAGCUGCAGAUAACAUCACUCGCAUGGACCUGCCCACCCCACCAGGCCCCUCUGGUUCUGUUGGUGACUGUCGUGUGACCUCUACACUGAGCCUCCUUAUGGUGUGUGGGGUCCUGAUUCUGGUGAACCAUAAAAAGUGGCAGGGCCUGUGGGGGACAAGGCUGCCAGGCCCCGAGCUUGAGCUGAGCAAUCUUCUCUCCACCAUCAAGACAGCCCUCAACCCUUACUACUGCCUGGUGGGGUUUGGCUGGGCCUGGUCCUGCUCUCUGCCCCCAGGGCUUACAGAAGUUUUCCCAGCCAAUGUCACCCUGCUCAAAGCCCUGGGCCAUGGUGCCUUUGGAGAAGUCUAUGAGGAACUGGUAAAUGGCCUUCUUGGGGACCCCAGCCCCCUGCAGGUGGCUGUCAAGACCCUGCCAGACUGCUCUCCUCAGGAUGAGCUGGAUUUCCUCAUGGAGGCACUCAUCAUCAGCAAGUUCAGCCAUCAAAAUUGUGUGGGGCUCAGCCUCUGGACUGCCCCUCACCUAAUUCUGCUCGACUUGAUGUCUGGAGAGGACAUGAAGAGUUUCCUGAGGAACAGCUGGCCACACUUGGGCCAGCCAUCACUUCUGGUGAUGCGGGACCUGCUCCAGCUGGCCCAAGACAUAGCCCAGGGCUGCUACUACCUGGAGUAAAAUCACUUCAUCCACAGGGACAUUGCUGCCAGGAACUGCGCUGAGCUGUACUGGGCCCUGCUGAGCUGUACUGGGCCCAGCCGAGUGGCCAAGAUUGGAGACUUUGGGAUGGCAAAAGAUAUCUACAGAGGCAGCUGUUACCACCAGGGGGGCCGGGCUCUGCUGCUGGUCAAGUGGAUGCCCCCAGAGGCCUUCUUGGAGGGCAUCUUCACAUUCAAGACAGAUUCCUGGUCUUUUGGGGUGCUGCUCUGGGAGCUCUUCUCAUUAGGAUACAUGCCCUACCCUGGGGGCACCAACCAGGACGUGCUGUACUUCGGCGGAGGGAGACGGAUGGGCCCUCCCAGGGGCUGUCCAGGGCCUGUGUACCAUAUCAUGACCCAAUGUUGGCAGCAUCCGUCUGAACUCCGCCCCAGUUUUGCUGCCAUCUUGGAGCAUCUUCGAUACUGAAUUCAGGACCCUGAUGUGCUGAAUUCACCCCUGCCAAUGGAGCUGGGGCCCACCCUAGAGCAGGAAGGGACUUCUGGGCUGGGGAGCAGGUCUUUGGAGGGCCUAAGGUCCCCACAGGCCCAGGAACUGAGUCUGGAGAGCUUAAAGAGCUGGGGAGGGAGGGGGCCCCGAAGGUGA